UUUUACGCGCGCUCCCCAUUGUCUGGCCGGCUGAAUUCCCAGGCCCCCUGGCCGGAGGGGUCAGAGCCUGGGUUCCCUUGAGCUUCGGGCUGCCACCGCGUGGUGUGACAGGCUGGGCCGGGGUGAGAUGGCAGCCUCUUCCUCAUCCUCUUCAGCCGGCGGCGUCAGCGGCAGCUCCGUGACGGGGUCGGGGUUCAGCGUUUCGGACCUGGCACCGCCCCGAAAAGCCCUCUUCACUUACCCCAAAGGAGCUGAGGAGAUGCUGGAAGAUGGCUCGGAAAGGUUCCUCUGUGAGUCUGUCUUCAGCUAUCAGGUGGCAUCUACAUUAAAGCAAGUGAAACACGAUCAACAAGUGGCACGGAUGGAAAAACUAGCUGGUCUGGUGGAAGAGCUGGAGGCAGAUGAGUGGAGGUACAAGCCCAUAGAGCAGCUCCUGGGAUUCACUCCCUCCUCGGGCUGAGCGUGUCUGGAUCGCCGCUGUCAGGGAGCAGAAGAAAAACAUGCUCUGGCCUGGCUUGAAAACAUCCCCCCCAUUUAUCAGCCUGCUGACAGCUGCACCAGCAGGACUGGGCCUUCUCUUUUUUUGUUCAGUAAAGCUGCCAGUCAAAUGGAAAUGAUGGGGUUCUUCAACUCAUCUGCAGCGUGGCAGGGCUGGGUGGCUGUAACUUAGAAGGUGGGAUCAGUUUUACAGAACUUGGAGAAUCACCUUUUUGUUUACAGAGGAGGGAAGACUCCGAGUGUGGUGGUGGGGAGAGCAACCCAGUUAACCCAGCACGUGGCCAGAGGGCUGGGCAGUGGGUGGGCUGGGAAGCCUGCAGCUUGGCUGCCCAAGCCAGGCCUCUGGAGAGCAGAGGCACAACACUGCUGGAAAUGCUCUUCAGCCCUGGCUGCUCUUCUGGGGGAUGAACAGGAAGAGAACUGUCCCCAGUCGGUUGUGAGGGGACACACAGUGACACUUUCUCCUCAUGUAUUGCUGUUUUCUCUCCAUUGCUGUUCCUCUGGUGUCUGCACAGCAAGUGCUGGUCAGACACUGCUCCCUAAGGCAGAAGCUGUUAUCUUUAAUACCCUGGAACUCUUGUUUUCCCUCUUUAUGUAUCAGAUGGUUCUGUGAUAAUAAAAUAAUUCUCUCUUUGAAA